AUGGUUCACAAGGUCCUCUUCUGGGCCGGUUUCGGAAUCGCCACACGCUUCGCCCAGCUCGGCAUCGAAAUGAGACCGUUCUUCCAACGAGGCACGUUAUGGGUCUACCCCCUCUUCGCGAGCAUUGGAGGAUCGUUUGGAUAUUGGUUGAAGGGUGUGGAGGACCGACAAGUAAAACUGCUACACCAGAGAAAAGAAAUGCUCAUUGAGAAGAGACGGCGAAGAGCAGAGCGGGAAUCUCAAUUUACAGGAGCUGAAGGGCCCCCAGCUAGCGAGCCGGCGGGAAACCUGGCGGCCGCGAGUUAA